AUGCGAUCUGUAAAUGCGAUCAGAAUUCGUGGACGAGAGAGCGAGUGGAGAUACGAUCCACAAGUCCAGCAGAUUCCCACCGCCGCCUUGCAGGGGCGAACGCCACUGCCUUGCAGCACCCAAGUCCCAGACCACGUCACUUGCUACCACACUUACGCCGUGGGCCAAAACCAGUGCUGCUCCGCCGUGAUCCAGCAAAUAAAUGCCCCAGCCGACACCGUAUGGUCCGUCGUCCGCCGCUUCGAUAAACCACAGGCAUACAAGCACUUUGUCAAGAGUUGCAAUGAACAGCACUGGUCCGUCGGAAACGGUGACGUAGGCACUAUCCGGGAGAUUCACGUCAUAUCCGGUCUCCCCGCCAUGAACAGCACCGAGCGCCUUGAGAUCCUCAAUGACGACCACCAUGUUAUCAGCUUCAGCGUCGUUGGUGGCGACCACCGCCUGGCUAACUAUCGAUCUGUUACAACCCUACACCCAGCAGCGGAUGGAGGCGACGAGACAAUUGUCGUGGAAUCCUACCUUGUUGAUAUAACUCAAGGUAACAGUACAGAAGAAACAAGCGUUUUCGUGGACACCAUUGUUAAAUGUAACCUCCAGUCACUUGCACAGAUCGCUGAGAAUUUAGCCCGACAAAAUGUUUCUAUACAGAAAAUUGUCCAAUUUAAAGUUUAAGGGAGUGUGCUUAAUCUAGAGUUUGAUAGAUUUUAAAACUCCAUAUAAAUUGAAGUAUGUUCAAUUCAGAUUUAAAUAUAAUUCAUUAAAAUAUAGGUGUCCUCAAUCUAGAUUUUUAAAAAUAUUUAUAAAUUUAGGUGUCCUCAACAUAGAUUUUAAUAGGUAGUUUUGAAAUUUAGAUGUUCUCAAUAACUAGUUGAUUUUAAAAGAUUUCAUUAAAUAGAUAGAUUUUGAAGGAUUUCAAGGUAAAAAUAUAAGUACAAAGAAUCAGUAACAAUUUUAACAUAAACCUAAAAAUUUCACAACAUUUCUCACAUCUCUUCAUAUUUGCUGCCCUCUCUCUCUCUCUCUCUCUCUCUCUCUCUCUCCUCCUCCCCCCAUCUUCAACAAGAUUUUCUUCUUUCUAUCUCACAUUUCUCAACUGUGAAAAGAUCGUGUAUAAGAACUUUUCAAUUGAUGAUAAUUUAUAAAAUAUUACUAUUUUUUGUUGAAUAUUGGGUGUGAUUUUUUAUUGAACUUAUUUUUUCUUAUUGAAGCUAUAUAUUGUUUAUUAUUUUAUAGAUGUGCUGAAAAUUAUCAUGGUAAUUUAUGAUUUCUAGUAUGCAUACUCGAACAACUUCAUCUUUCUAGUUCUGUACCCUAUUCCUUUUUCUUGGGAAGAGCUGUGUAUUUUCUACAUAUACCUGCAAAUCCUAGCCACGACAUGUGAGGAUGGUAUCCCACAAUUUUUUCUUUUGUGUCUAUAUGGUCAAUGAGAAUUCUGGCAGUAUGGAAUUAAUUGCCUUGUGGUCAUGUAUGUGUACAUCUAUGUGUUUGUAUUUCACAAGGUUUUGGUCUUUUGAACUAAUUCAUAUUGAUUACGACUUUGAUUAUU